UUUUAUUACCACUUUCUCUCUAUGAAUACCCUUUGAACUCUCUCUCUUUCUUCUCUCUAUCCAUCUCUUUGUUUUCUGAGACCCAAAAUUUUCUUUGGUCCUUUUUUCUUCCUCUUCUCCUCUUAGAGGAGUCUCUGAUUCAGCUUACCUCAGGUGUUCUUGGUUAAGAUCUUUGAUUUUUAGGUGAUAAUUUGAGAGAAAGAUGAAUCACUGUGGUUACCAGCAGAAGAACGCCAUGAGAAGCUGUGAAGAGAUGAGGAUGGAAUCUGUGGUUUGCCCUAAGCCUCGUAGAUUUGGUUUGAUGAACCAUUCAUUUAUUAACAACAACAUCAACCAUAUCAGACCCUAUAAGCCGCAAAUUAUCAGCUAUCAAUCAGAGCUUGAAGAUUCAGGUGUCAGGGAAGAUCUUCUUGAUAUCAUUCUCCCCAAGGAAAAUAGCUAUAUGGAAAGAUUUGGGGACCAAAUGGCAUCAUCACCCCCACCAUUUUUUUGUGGAUCUCCACCUAGCAGGGCUUCAAACCCUGUGAUCCAAGAUGAGCAAUUUGGCAAUAGCAAUGGUCAUGGAAAUUUUAGUCCAUUUUCCAUGGCACCCUCUCCACCAUCUUCCUCAGCUAGAAGCUGUGUUCCAAUGAAGUUUGGCCACACUCAAGCUGCAGUGAGGAUUGAAGGUUUUGAUUGUCUCAAUAGGGAUAGGCGCAACCGCAGUAUUUCAGCUGUUGCAUAAUUCAUUUCCAUCAAAGAAAAAACAAGUUCAAAGAGCAAGUGAAGAUUUUUGGUGUCAAAGGAAGCUAAUCUUAAUUCAAUGUUUUACUGUAAUAUAUAUGUAUAUAAAAAAUGGUCUGUGGAAAAAUUGUUCAUGAGUUAAGGUGUCAUGUAAAAUUGAGAUGGUGAGAUUUUUUUUUUUGGUUUUAAUUUUAUUUUCAAGAAUAAAAAAAAGACAAGUUAUACAAGUGAGGAAAAGGGCAUGUAAAAAAGUCUUGUUCUUUCUCUCUUGUUAGGUUCAUGAAGGAAGAGUUUGUAAAAAAACUCUAGCAUAUCCUCUUUUGUAAUUGUAAUUUGGAGGAAAGUGAGGUUAAAUAUUGAAAUCUUGUAAAAUAUUUUUUUUUAGUGGGUGCCUUCUUUGUAGGUGUCACCUAUUUGAUAAUAUCAAAGAGAUAUUUGUUUAUACUA